AUCCAAUUCAUAAAAUAUUGCCUAGGCCUAAAUAGAAAAUUAGACGAGUUUACUUCCAUUCUGGUUCAAAGUGAGAGUGUGUUGACUGCUGAAAAUUGUGCGAUCGAAACCAAUGGAGAAAACACUGAAUCGGACCGAAACCAAUGAACACGCCGCCACCAUACUUGACGCGCCAGUUAUAUCACCGACUAAUCCUGCUUCACAAGAUUCUUUUAUUGGAAAUGGUUCUUCUUCUGUCGCUGAUGAUGAUGAUGAUGAUUGGGAAGCAAUGGCUGAUCUUGAACCUGACAAGUUACUGUCCCCAGUGUCCUCAGACGUUUUAACUGGAGUGUCAAAUAUUAAAUUGGUGGACACGUCCAAAAGUCAAACCCCUAAGCGACGUGGAAGAGGAACAUUCUCUUAUGAUAAAGAUAAACUUUAUAGUGAUCAGAUACUCGAUGGCUCGAUUAUUGAUGAUGUUGAGGAGGAAGAAACUCAAUGUGGUUCAGAAGAUAAAAAAGAUACACCAAACUCAAAAUAUGGGACCGGUCAUGUUCUUGUGUUGUCUCACUUUUCACCAAGUACUAGAACAACAGACCUGGAGAAGAUUUUUGAGGACAUAAAAAAUUGUGAUUUCGUGAUUCGUUGGGUCAAUGAUACAGUUGCACUUGCAGUGUUCCGAACUCCUGCAGAGGCACUUGAGGGUCAAAGCAAUGGUCGAUGUUCAUUUAAUAUGAGUAUGAGGAUACUCGAUGAAGAUGAUGUACUUCUCAGUUCAAUUAAAGCAAAUGACCUGAAACCACCACAACAAAGACCAAAAACCUCAGCCACAGCAGCGCAGAGGAUGAUUGCUAACAGUAUGGGGAUAAAACUGCCUUCCCCGAGCCGUGGGACAGGGCCCCGAGAAUAUAAAAGGCAAGAAGAUACUCGAAGGGAUCGCAUUGUAAACAGGCAAAAGUUAAAAGACGAAGCAUGGGGAGACGAUUAAUAUUUUUAUAGUACUACUUUAAUUAUUGUAGCUUUUAAUUCCAUUCAUUGUAUCCUUAACAAUCAAUAGAUUCUAUGCUUUUUCUGUAAGUCUGUAACCUUUAGUUAACAAAAAAAUUUACAGAACAUGAAAUCAUGAUGCACGGGGUAUGCUAGGGGAAUUGUUCAACAUAGGAAAUAAUCUGAUUCAAGCAUCUAUAGGGAUAUUUAAAACAUGUACAUAGAGUUUGUGAUAUUUGCAAAUACUCAAUUUUUUGUGCUA